CUGUCACACGAGAACUCGCGAGAUAUAAACAAGCUACACGCGGAAAGCUGUCUAGCAAAUGUCACUGUGAUCGUGAUAAAUUAUUUCAUAAACUAAGAAAUGGCAGACGAUUUGGAUUCAGGUCUCAGCCUCAAUAUCAGUGUUUAUCACAAGGACGACCAUUCCGGCGGGAAAGACAGAAAGAAAGUGUUUGGAAAUCGGGGACAGCGAAUAAAGGCAAGACGAAACAUCAAGCGUCAGAGGGAGUCGUCUCAGCAUGAGAGUAGUGCCAAUAACAGCGGUAAAACUCUACCAUCCAGAGACAAUACUGAAGAUGCAGAGAGUUCACGGCAGGAUGUGAAGGAAACAGAGCCUCCAGUGAAAAAGAAAACUGGAGAUGUGAUAUCCUCUCUGUUCAGGCAUAACCCAGACAUUCCCACUGUCCAGGGUAAAGAAGUGAGCCAGGUGAAAGAGAGGCUGUUUGUAUCAGACAGUUUCAAGGAUGUUCCUCUCCAUCCAUACAUGGUCUCAAAUCUCGAAAAGCUUGGAUACACGGCGAUGACGUCUGUGCAAUUCUCCACUAUUCCGAAGCUUAUAGAGGGAGGCGACCUGCUAGUGAAGUCACAGACUGGUUCAGGAAAGACAAUGGCGUAUGCGAUUCCCAUUGUGGAGAACCUUGCGAGAUUAAACCCAAAGUUAACGAGAGGAGACGGAUGUAGGGUGGUUGUUUUGGUGCCCACACGAGAGCUAGCUUUGCAGACAUACGACGUUUUUGUGAAACUAUUAAAGCCGUUCACAUGGAUUGUGCCAGGUUGCAUUAUGGGUGGAGAAAAACGGAAAGCGGAAAAAGCUAGGUUGAGGAAAGGCAUCAACAUACUGAUUGCGACCCCAGGCAGACUAAUUGAUCACAUAGAAAGCACAGCCAACAUGAGACUGGACACAAUCAAGUGGCUCAUAUUAGAUGAAGCAGACAGGUUGUUAGACCUGGGUUUUGAAGAUAAGGUAGCAAAGAUUAUCAAGGCCAUAGAUGAGCACAAAACUGAGAGACAAACAGUCCUCCUGUCCGCUACACUCACAGCUGGAGUGGAAAGGCUGGCAGGCAUGUCAUUGAAGAAUCCAGACCGAGUAGCUGUGGACACACAGUCGUCAAACAAACCAUCAACGAAAUCUCUCGGAUCAAAAUCUCAAGAAUCCUUGGCAAACAAAACUCAAAGUGUCGACAGUAAAUCAACAGAGAAGCCCAUGGAACUGAAUGAAAACUUUGCUCUUCCUGAAAAUCUGAAGCAGUAUUUUAUUGUGUCCCCUUGUAAACUGCGAUUGGUCGUACUACUAACACUGAUACUUUCAAAGUGUAAGAAAAACAACAAGAUGAAAAUGAUUGUGUUUGCCUCCACACAAGAUGGCGUAGAAUUUCUGUACAGACUGGUACGCUUUCUGACCACAGAAAACUCUGCAGACAGCGAUGUUGAAGAGGAAGAUGCUAAAACCAGUCUAGAUCUCUUUAGGUUACAUGGUGAUAUGUCUCAGAAGGACCGUUCUUCCACGUACCAAGAUUUCUGUACGACCAAGUCAGGUGUGCUGCUGUGUACUGAUGUGGCAGCCCGUGGCCUUCACCUGCCAUAUGUGGAUUGGGUUGUACAGUACUCAUGCCCUGCAGGCGUCACAGAUUACAUCCAUAGGGUUGGAAGGACAGCCCGCGCUGGUAAUGCUGGCAACGCCAUCACGUUCAUGCUUCCCUCAGAAAUAGAUUUCGUGAAGCACCUGAACCAGAAGAGCAUCAGUAUCACAGAGAUGAAGGUUGGGGAGAUACUGCAGGACGUCAUCAAACUGGUUCCCUUCCUACCUGGCAUGGAGGACUCCAAGCGUGAGAUACCCAGGACAGUGGAGGAGGCUGCCACGUAUCUACAGAACUGCUGUGAACUCCACAUCAAGUCACACAAGGAGAUGACUUCACUCGCAAAGACAGCCUACCAGUCUUUCAUUCGAGCCUACGCCACGUACCCCCACGAACUGAAGUCCAUCUUUCACCUCCGGCACCUACACCUGGGCCACGUGGCAAAAACGUUCGGACUGCGCGCUGCUCCCACUGACAUGUCCAACAUACCUGGAGUCAACCGCACCACGAUGUCCAACAAGAGAAAACAUGACAAAGGAAGUGGAGAUGGCGCUGAAAGGGUUAAGAAGAAGAAGAGAACAGACAUGUCAGAAUUUCAGGGACCUCUCAUUUACAAGAAGAAGGCUACCAAGGGCACAAAAUUGAAACACAAAAAACACUUCAAAAAGAAUAAACAAUGAGACAAAAAAGAGAUGAGUUUGUGGUAUUUACAUAUUUACAAAGCGUCACAUACAAAGGCCAAUUCUUUACCCUUUUCCACUCAGAAGCAAAGUGAAAAUGGCUAUGUGUAAACAGCAUAAAACCAGAAACAGCCUGUGAGUUUCGCAGUCUGUUCAGGUUUUAUGCUGUUUGCUGCCCAUCAGUAUCAAAGGGCUGGAAAUGAAGCCUUUAAAACUUGAAUCUAGGAAGAAAGGUCUUUAUUUAAAUUAAACUUUCUAAAGAACUACAAAUGCGUCAAAAUACGUAUCUAAGUAGAAAGGGUUAAAUACGUGAUUGAAAAUUAAUUAUUAAUGAAAAUCUUGGUGAGUGUAUUUUUGUUAAAGAAUGUGAAUAUUUUCAACAGUUUUUAUUAUGGCUUUGUUGAUAUUCAGCAUGUCGUUUCAUUGACUUUGGCAUUAUCUAUGAAAUACAUGUUCUUAUUAUGAUAUGAAAAUAAAGCUUAUCAUGAAUUGUAAAGUGAGAUCUUGAAGUUUGUGUAGUUUGAAAGUUAUAUUUAAGUUAUGGUAUAGUCAAUGUCAUAAAUGUCAUCAAUAUUCAUUAAAUAAUAGUUUUUGAUAAUAAGGAUCAAAUAACUGACAUGUAACAGUUUUUACUUUGAGACCUAACGUAGGGAAAACGUUUUGGUUCAAAGGAUACUCCUGAAAAAUGUGUCAAGAAUACUUAGCAAACUCCUGAUCAUGUGCAUGUCCUUUUUCAGUGACAUUGUUAAUGAAUUCAUUACCUUUCAUACCAAAUAAUAAUUUUAAUGCCAAGAAAAUAAGAUGCACGCUGUUGUAGUCUAUAUUUUAUGCAAUAAUUGUUAAAAAAAUAAUUAUUAAAAAACUGGCCAACCCUAAAAUAAAAUACACUAUCAUACAAAUAUAUUACGAAAGUUUCACAAAAACUGUUUCAAGUAAAGAAGCCCAACGUUGCCCCCCAAAAAAAUCUGAAUUUCUAUAUUGGAUUGUGAAAUUUGGUUGUUUCAUGUUGUUUAAUGAUUUGUUUGUACGCAAAUUCCCAGUUUAACUGUAUUACAUAGAUUGUUUAUCAAAAUUUUGAAGUAUUAAUAAAAAAAUAUAUAUUUAGUUGUAUAAUGUAAGUCAGAGGAUUAUGCCAGUAAACUGUGUAACUAUAAGGCAAAUCAUUCAAGCAUGCAGGCAUUCACAUUCAAAUUGUUUAUUGUGACAUUAGCUAACUUUUAUAAAAAAAAAUAUUGUGUUUGAUUGUUUUUACUGCACAGAAUAAUAUUGUUAAAGUUUUAACCAUAAAAAAUAUAUAUUUAAAUCUGUUAAUAAUUGCGGUGCACAUGAAUUUCCGAAAGGGCGGGAUGUAAAAAGCGGAAAGGAAUAUCUCUUUGAAAAUCUGUGGCUCCACGGUAUAUUCAAGUCAGUCGAUAGGUCAGUAGGUUGAUUGUCUCAGUGCACCUGUAAUGUUAUUAAGAUUGUAGAGCAAAAUUUUCUCUAUUUGAAUCUUGUAAUUUGUCUUCACCAUAAAGUUUACAAAGUAACAA